AUAUAUAUCUUUGUGCGAUAGACUCUAGGUUUAUUUUUCCUACGCGUUUGCUUUGGCUAAUCGGGGAAGUGUAUCACGAAAACAAGGGGUUUAGGAAGAUGAAAUUAUGUAACGUCUCUGACGGGAAAUUAUUGUCAUAUGUUUUUCAGUUAGCUUUCAGAGUGUGGAAUGCUAUAUGUCCUCUCCGUUUCUUGAACUGAAAUGUAAAUUACAUGUUACCUGCGGUCUUUCAGUCUAUGAGAUCACUUUGAAUUAUAGGAGAAGCAUUAUCCGAAGGUGGUGGUGGGAGGUCCGGUAGCAUUGGUGGCUGCCGGUACCGCCUUUAGGAUAGGAUGGGGCAGACACUUUCGGAGCCGGUGACAACCAAGGAGUCCUCGUGUUGUCAAAAUUCUAAACUUAAGGUGGGCUCCAGCUGCAUGCAAGGAUGGCGAAUCACCAUGGAAGAUGCUCACACGCAAAUUCUGUCGUUACCCGAUGACCCAGGAACUGCCUUUUUUGGUGUGUACGAUGGACACGGAGGUGCCUGCAUCGCACAGUACGCUGGUGCCCACCUCCACAACAGUAUUGUGCGCAGGCCAGAAUACAAAGCAGGCAACAUCCCUGAAGCUUUGCGGAAAGGUUUUCUAGAUUUGGACAACAAGAUGCUUUCAGAUGAAGGACUGCGUGAUGAACUCGCUGGCAGCACAGCAAUAGCAGUUCUUAUCAAGGGUUCGAAGCUGUACUGUGUGAGUAUAAUGCAGGCAAAUGUUGGUGAUUCUCGAGCUGUGGCUUGUAUAGCUGGACAUGUAGAACCACUUUCACAAGAUCACAAGCCUAACAAUGAGGAUGAAUGUCAGCGAAUUUUGGCAGCAGGGGGAUAUGUAGAGUUCAACCGUGUCAAUGGCAAUCUUGCAUUAUCACGUGCUCUGGGAGACUUUAACUUUAAAAAGAACGACAAAAAAUCAGCAGAGGAACAAAUGGUAACUGCUUAUCCUGAUGUGGAGAUACGUGACAUAACAACCGAAUGGGAAUUCAUUGUAAUUGCUUGCGAUGGAAUCUGGGAUGUUAUGACUAAUGAGGAGGUGGUGGAAUUUGUUCGAAUGCGAGUGGGGACUGGAAUGGAACCGGAAGACAUCUGCCAAGACCUGAUGAUGCGCUGCCUCGCUCCUGACUGCCAGAUGGGUGGCCUAGGGUGUGACAACAUGACCGUUGUCAUUGUCUGCUUUCUGCAUGAAAUGCCUUACUCCCGCCUUUGUGAUCACUGUGCUAAGCCGGUGCCUUUGACAGAGACUGGACUCCUUCAGUGAUGACUUAUUCCUGCCUCAUAUUGUGCUUAAAUGUGUAUGGAUUAAACAGUGAAGUUCCUUGAAUAAGUGUACAACUGUUUGAACUUCAGGGUGAUGCUUAAAGCACUUGAACUGUCUAGAUGAGUCUUAUGCAAUUCAGUGCUUUGUGGGGAUCAAUAACUGUGCCUAUUAAAUCUGGUAUGUGUAAUAUUGAUAUUUAACAUUUAUGCAGAUUUUUUUUUAAUUCUCCUGAUGUUUUGUUUAGAGAGAAUUAAGAAUCAUUGAAACUUUCAUAUGAAAUGAGCUAAGUUGUAAUAGUACCCAGCACAUAGUGUUAUGUGUAAUGCUUUCUAGUCAGUCCUUCAGUUGUAAAACCAAGCCCUACAAUAAUUUCGUAUUGUCAGUGUUGGUGCAGUGACAACAGCUACUGUUCUAUUGACAUUGAGGCAAAUGAAAUAAUGGAAGUUACUGGACCAUGUUUUCUUGUCUGCAGCCAUAACAAGCUGCACAUUAUUAUCAACAGCAGAACUGUGCCAUAGUAGGAGGAAGUGUAAAGGAUAUAAAUUUAUAAUUGGCUAUAAUGUGUGAAAAUUAAAUUGUUAUAAUGGUGUAAGUAAAAUCAUUGAUUACUAGUUAAA